AUGAAGAAAGUUCAGCGCUUCAUCGGAGUUGGCGACUCCAAGCCUGCUUCAGCGUCCUUGAGCAUCAGUCCUGGCAAGUCGUUCACCAAUGCCAGUAUCGCCUCGAACCAGCUUGCUUCGAUUCCUACCCCCACUGGUACUACAGCUUCUCUCAGCUACGAUUCAGCUUCGAACCAUCUUCUGCCACCCACCCAAUCUACGCUGCCUCAGCAGCUUCCAUCCCAGCAGAGCCACGCUGGCUCCAGGCAAGUCUCUCCUCAAACCUCACAUUCGCUCUUGCCUCCAUCCGGCGCAUCGCCACAGCCCACCAGUCCAUCCGCUCAACACCAGUAUUUUGAACUACCCAUGAGAGCGACCUCGCCCAGUGCCGCUGUGAGCCCACGUUCCAUCUCGCCACUCGGCCUGCCCGCUCUCAACAACGCUGCUUCCCAUUCCGCCCUCAACACUACCUCCAACUCUGGCGACCUCAACCUUGUGGAGCGUGCCGAUCUGCAUAAAUCGCUCAAAGCCAUCGAGUCGCUUCUCGUCAAUCUCGACGAGUAUCGCGAUCUCUCUUCUCGCCUCGCCAAGGUCCAAAAGAAACUCGCAAAGAGCGCUUCCGACCUCGAACGUACCAAAGUCGUUCAAGACACCCCAUCCCAGACGCUCCAGCUGGCAUCCAUCAUGUUUGAUGGCCUCUCCGACGUCUCGUCCCGCCAUGCAAAGCAUGUCCAAAAGGAGUAUGAGGCUGUUAACGAUGCCUGUGCAAAGUACUUUAAAAAGGUCGCCAAAGAAGAGCGCGCCCACGAUGAGCUCAUCAGCACCCUCGACGCAAAGAUCAAAAAGGCCAACGCUGCACACGAAAAGAAUGUCAAGAAGGCUUCGCCCAACAAGGCGCUCGAGUCCCACGACAAGUACAUUGCCACCGUACAGUUGCUCACCAACGACAUGACUCGGGCUAAGAACGCACAUGCACUAUCCAUGACUGCCAAGAGUCACGUCUCAUCGCUUCUCGUUGCCUCUACCGUCGGUGGUCUCGCCGAUGUCGAGUUUAAGCAACGCUGUGAAUCAGUGCGCCGCAUCGGACCACAUAUCGGCCAUCUCGGCGAGCUUCUAUGCUUCACCUCGUCCGAGUUCAUGCCAGCGCUCCAGGCGUCCGAGUUCCACGAAGCUGAACAGGGCCAGGCCGAAUAUCUUGCCAAUCUCACAGCCCAGGUCGAGGCCUCUGUCGCUGUUCAAGCACAGAUCAAUGCAAGCAUUAACAAAGACGCGCAGACCAUCCUGCGAGCUCAGCAGAUGGGUUGGCUACCUCCGUCAUCUACGGCUUCACAGCCGCCAACUGCUACUGUUGCUGCUAAUCUCGCUCGCAGCAACAGUGUCAACAGUAGCAAUAGCCAAGUCUCGCAGACAGCACAGAGUAAUCACCCUGCCAUGCACCAGUCUGUCUCCAAAUCCAACCUCGCCAACACCGGCGCCACCCCUUCAGCUGCCACAGCAGCUGCGGUUCCUCGAACUUCUUCGUUGCGUCUGCAGCCUCAACACGACCAUGGAGCGCGAUCGCGUUCCAAUUCAUCCUCCGAGGUCGAACCGCCUCCGAGCGCCACUCAGGAUCUCCCCGCGCCAACACCACUAGAGGCCGAUGCUGCUUCCGCUCGCAGCAUUGCCAACGGCCACACCCCACGUCCAGACCACGGCACCUCGGCAACUGCACAAACUCAGUCGGCAAACUCCAGUCUUCUUCUUAGCGCGCCCAAAUCCACUGCCAGCCUCGUUCGUGCCCCCACCCACUCUUCCAUCAAUUCCAUGGCUGCACGGCCUCAGCCCUGGGAGGCUGCUUCCACAUCUUCCAGCUCCUCAGCCGUCGGCACCUCGUCGAUCCAACCUUUACAAACAAGCAGUAGCACAUGCAGCGCGCUACAAACACAUGAUCGCGAUGGUACCACUGGUUCAGCAACAGAGGGAAGCUUCGUCGAUAGGCUAUCAGUUCCGCGUGAGGAUUCGGAUGCAGUCGCUCCCAACCUAAGCGCAAGCAACAGUGUUCAGAGCUCGGAAGAUGGCAACCGCAUCCCACGUACACCCGAUGAUGGCGAAGCACCGCCUUCUACACAAUACAGCCGUCAGCCUUUGAUGACCGAAUCCCAACCACAACCUCAGCACCAGUCUGUAAAAGAACAACCCACCACCUUGGACUAUAACAUCGCUCCGCCUGUCCGCAGUGCAGCAGACACGGACCGUUCCAGAACGGUCGCCUCGCCAAGAGUCCGGCCAGCUCAGCGUGCACUCGAGCAAUACCGAGAGCAAUUCACAAGGCCCGACAUGUCGCCAACUACGCCCAAGUUUGAUCGUGACGACACCGCCAUCUACACUCGCACCACUGGUCUAGAACACCCUGACAGCCUCUACAACAACACAAACCAGCACAGCGCCACCUCUGCAGAUCAGUCCAACGCUCGCAAGAUCAGCCUGUGGGAACGUGAACGCGAGCGUAUGCGGCAGCUCGAAAGGAACGAGGAAUUGCUAGCCGCACAAAAGCCCUUUUCUGCCGCCACAGAACUCGAUGGCCAGCGUCCAGCCUCGACCGUCUAUCCAAAAUCAGCCACUUCAUCGUCUUUCAACAACAACAACAACAACAACAACAACAACAACAACACUGGUUGGUCGCGUUCCAGGAUCAGCGACAGUGGUGCCAAUGACAAGACCGCAAGCAUUCAACUCGGCCUCGGCUAUCCACGUUCGUCUGGCGCUGAGCCGCUUGAUCGUGACCUCGACCGAUACGCGCCGGCCGUAGGAACAACGCGUCUCUCUGCCGUGAGUGUGACGCGAUCACUCAGUACCGACACGACCGCCUCCGAACGCAGCUUUGUCGCACGCAUGAAGGCUCGCUAUCAAGCCGAAAAGGAUCUCGAGCGCGAACAGCGUGAGCUCAAUGUGCUUGAAAAGGAACGCGCUGCGCGAAGGGUGACCAUGGAUCCCGUCUCGUCGCUUUCUUCGAUCAACGGUGCACGUGGUCGCGUUCCAGAGAUUGCAUCGCGCUAUCAAACGCCUGGCGCUGCGACGUAUGCACAGGAAGUCAACUCUGGUCGACGAUACCAUGACAGUCUUCCCGCCUCUGCGUACUUGGGCGGCUGCGCGCGGAUCAACGCCAUCUCGUCAUCGCCAUCGGCAGCUGUUGCGAACGGAAGCGUCGACGAGUUUGGCGGCAUCAUCAGAGAUAGCCGAGCUUUGCCUACCGGUCGACGCAGCAUUGAACCACCUCAUUCCGAUGUAUGCGGUUGCCAUCAGUGUUCGGCACGCCACUAUGGCAGUGGAAUAACAAGAGGGGAUCAAGCAGCACGUAACAACGAACUUUCUGCGUCUGCAUCGUCACGAAGCAAUCCGCGCGAGUUCAACGUCCGCAGCACCACUAUGCCCGUCUUGCCACGCGAGCAGCAGUAUGCAAAGCAGCCGACCUAUGUGUCUUCGUCGCCGCCUCGCGCCUCGCCCCGCGAUGCGUAUCCACAGCAAGCGUACACAUACCGCGACCAGCCACAGCAGCGUUUGCAGACACCAGCUCGUAGAGAUGCGGAGUUGCCUCGACGAAGCUACGAGGACCUGGGAUCAAGUUCCGAUUUCGGAUCCAGAAGGGUCGUGUUUGCGCAUGAGCCACAGACCAUUCAUUGA